UCUCUGAAUUUUUCAUCAUGGUCACAAGUUAAACUUGAUGGGAAUGGGAAUGCCAACUAUAUACGCAAGGUCUUCUUAUUGGAAAAACCCAUAACCCUAUGAUGACCUAUUUCUGUGCUUUAUUCAAUCGUAGGCCAAAGGUCCAUACUUAAAAAGAAAAUAGAGUUCAUACUUUCAUUUCAUUUAUACUCUUACGUGAAAUACAUGCAGGUCUUACGUCCAUUAUGACUAAUAAGUUUAGGUUAAAACAACACUUACAAAUAGUUCUGUGUAUUAGAUGGUUGAGUUUAACCAGAGACGUGUCGGUGACGGUACGAGGGGCUGUGCUGACCCCUAGUGGUCGCCAUGGAGCUCUGCCUGGUGGAGAAAAUGCACACACUGCGCAUCAAAAAGUAGUUCUUGGGUAUUUCUGAUGACUUAUUUCAGUAACCUUUCGAAUUACUUAUUUAUUUGAUCAAUUAUGAACAAAUGAUUAUAUUAUUAUCAUUAAUAAUAUAUUGAAAAUAAGGAGGUGUGUCAUAAAAGUAAAAAAAAUAAUCUUUAGCAGCGUAUUAAUAUAUGAAGUGAAGAGGCCUGGGCUAAAUUGCUUGUCAUCGUUGCACCUGUGGUAAAACUUUCUUUCGUCGAAUGUUUUGAAACUUUACCAAAAUGUCUGGACGGGCGCGAGCCAGAUCAAGAGGCCGAGCACGCGGUCAAGAGACUGCGGCGCCCGGAAUGAGCUAUGCUCAAGGAGAGCCUGAACCACCCGCUCCCCCACCCGCAGAGGGAGAGCUUGUUGGAAGAGGGAGGCAGAAAGGUGCACCCGGCCCUUUUUCUGCAGAAGCUGUUCUACAGAUUUCAGCCGGAUUUCAGCAGGUGAAGCUUGGCGAACGAGGCGGACGGCGACGUGAUUUUAACGAUGUCGGGAUCAACACAAGGCGUGCCAUGGAGCAUGUCAAGGAUUCAAAGUUGGGAACAUCCGGUUCGCCAAUUCCGUUGACAGCCAACUUCUUUCGCAUCAUGUCCCGCCCUGAGUGGGUGCUGUAUCAGUACCACGUGGACUUCAAUCCACCAAUGGAGGCUCGUCGUCUGAGAUCCGCUCUCCUCUACCAGCACAAGGAUGUUCUUGGGCCAGCAGACAGCUUUGAUGGAGCUUUGCUUUUUUUACCAAAUCGAUUGGCCCAAAAGGAGACAGUGCUCCACAGUGAAACAAGGAAUGGAGAGAAAGUUCAGAUAACUGUCACCAUGACGAAUGAACUGCCACCCACAUCCCCAGUGUGCAUUCAGUUUUACAACAUUCUGUUCAGAAGGAUCUUGAGGAUUCUCGACAUGCAGCAGAUUGGACGCAACUACUACAACCCCAAUGAUCCACUCGACAUCCCAAAACACAGCUUGACCAUCUGGCCAGGCUACACCACCACCAUUUUGAAGUACGAGACCUCCAUCAUGCUGUGCACUGACGUCAGCCACAAGGUGCUGCGUAGUGAGACAGUCCUCGACUUUAUGGCCAACCUGAGGCAAAAGUGUGGAAAUCAACGCUUCCCUGAGAUCUGUGCGAAGGAACUUGUUGGACUCAUAGUCCUCACCAAGUACAACAAUAAGACCUACAGGAUUGAUGAAAUUGCGUGGGAUCACACUCCCAACAACACAUUCACGAGGGGAGACAAGGACAUUUCUUUCAAGGACUACUAUAAGAUGCAAUAUAACCUGGACAUCGUCGAUGUGAACCAGGUGCUGCUGGUCAGCCAAGUGAAGAGGUUGGGUCCCGCUACAGCGCCGCCUCCUGGCCCUGCCAUGCUGAUCCCAGAGCUGUGCUUCCUAACAGGCUUGACUGACAAGAUGCGAGCUGACUACAUGAUCAUGAAGGACUUGAGCACGCACACCAGAUUGGAUCCAAUGGCGAGGGAAGGACGCCUCAACAGAUUUGUCCGCAAUAUUCAUAAGAAUCCUGACGCACGAGCAGAGUUGGAUAAAUGGGGACUGAGCUUUGAUAAGCAGCUCCUAAGUCUGACUGGCAGAGUUCUUCCAGCAGAAAGGCUUUUCCAGGGAUCAAGAUCAUACGACUACAGGCCCAGCGAGGCUGAAUGGUCCAGAGAGAUGCGUGGCUUGCCUCUGAUCAGCGCUCCUCCGCUGGAGAACUGGCUGUUUUUAACCACCCGCCGUACCAGCACUGAAGCCCAGGCCCUCCUGCAGUCCCUCAACAGGGUCUCGGGUCCACUCAACAUCCGGAUACAGAGACCCGUCAUGAUUGAGUACGAGGAUCAUCAAGAAUCUCUCCUCCGAACCCUGCAGCAGAACGUUGGACCCCAAACACAGAUGGUGGUGGUGGUCCUCCCCAGCAACCGUAAGGACAAGUAUGACAGUGUGAAGAAGUACCUCUGUGUGGACUGCCCCACUCCCAGCCAGUGUGUGGUUGGCCGCACCCUCAGCAAACCGUCGUCACUCAUGACUGUGGCAACCAAGAUUGCUCUUCAGCUGGCUUGCAAGAUGGGAGGAGAACUCUGGAGUGUGGAAAUCCCUCUCAAACAGCUGAUGAUUGUGGGCAUUGACUGCUACCAUGACACCGUUGCUGGGAAAAGGUCUAUUGGAGCUCUAGUUGCCAGCCUCAAUCAGGGCAUGACCAGGUGGUUCUCAAAGUGUGUCUUUCAGCACAGAGGCCAGGAAAUAAUGGAUGGACUGAAGAUGGCUCUAUGUGCUGCACUGAAAGACUACCUCAAGUUCAACAACUACCUGCCUUCACGCAUCAUAGUGUACAGAGAUGGAGUGGGAGACGGCCAGCUGCACAGCGUGGUCAACUACGAGGUUGCACAGAUCAUCGAAUCCAUCAAGUCCAUGGGGCACGACUACGUGCCCAGGCUGAGUGUGGUGGUGGUGAAGAAGCGCAUCAACAGUAGGUUUUUUGCCCAAAUGGAUGGGAAAGUGUCCAACCCUCCCCCGGGCACCGUCGUGGACUCAGAGGUCACCCGUCCAGAGUGGUAUGACUUCUACAUAGUGAGCCAGGCUGUCCGCUCUGGAAGCGUCUCGCCAACCCACUACAAUGUUGUGUACGACACCAGUGGGCUGAAGCCUGAUCACAUGCAGCGGCUCACCUACAAGCUGUGCCACAUGUACUACAACUGGCAGGGGAUCGUCAGAGUGCCCGCUCCCUGUCAGUAUGCCCACAAGCUGGCUUUUCUUGUGGGUCAAAGCAUCCACAGAGAGCCCAAUGUGAAGCUGGACGAACUCCUCUUCUACCUAUAAGGAUGAAACCUUUUUUUUUUUUUUCCUGCUGUUCAGCUGGUGUGCUUGCUCUUGAGUUGCCAUGUUAAACUGUUUUGUUACACUAGCCAAAGUGGAGUUGUUGUUGUUUUUUUUCUUCUUUUUUUUUAAUAGCCUUGGAGUUAUGCAAUUUGGGAGGUUUAAGUGUAUUUCUGACUAAAGACUCAAAUCAGAAACCAGCCUGUAGCUCAUAUGCUGAAAAAUGACCAGUAUACCCUGACGUCUGGUGAAACCGCAUUGAACCUUGACUGGUCUAAAAGUGGUAAAUAUUUAUACGUGUUGUUGUACAAGCUUAAGUUUUCUUGACUCAAAAAAAAUAUUGAGGUUCAGAUAUUCCUUUUUACAGCGGAAUUAUGUUGUUUAUUUUAAUAGUUUAUUAUACAAUUGUUAUGUGUUUUCCACGAGGGUAGUAAAAGCAAGCUCACGUGUCACAUUUAGUUCCCAUAGAUUUAACAUCUGAGUAUUAUUUCUGUUAGAUUGCUCUGAUAAACAUCUGUAUGUGUGUUAUAUCAUUUAACCUUAAAACACAAAUGCAAUUAUUAAAAAA